CCCUCCUCCCGAACUGUGGCUCGCAGUUGACCUCCUCGCAACCUUUACGCAUCGGCACCUCAUAUUCUGCGCUUCUAUAUCUGCUUCUUGUCUUUCUUGCACUUUCAAACAGUUGAUUAUGUGGCCAUUCUCGAAUCCCAACCAGCACAUCAUCGACGCGAAGCUCAAGCAGCGGGCUAAAGCGUUUGCUUUGGCCCCGUCGUUUAACGAGGCUGCCUAUGAGCCCUACCUGAAUGCCACAGCCUGCGAGAUCGUCGCCAACAUCGAGAAGGGCAUCUGGACAGCGUCCGAGGUCCUCGAGGCGUACAUCUCGCGCGCCGCCAAAGUGCAGGAGGCGACCAACUGCCUGACGGAGGUGCUCUUUGAGCGUGCUCGGGAGCGCGCGGCGGCGCUGGAUGCCGAAUUUGCGCAGACGAAGCGUCUGAAGGGGCCGUUGCAUGGCGUCCCUAUCAGUGUGAAGGACCAAUUUGACAUCGAGGGAGUCGAUACCACCAUUGGCUUCAGCCAAUGGGCCAAGCACGGCCCUGCAACACGCGACGCCGACCUCGUUGCAACCAUGAUCUCCGCGGGCGCCAUCCCCUUCGUGAAGACGAAUGUCCCGCAGACGAUGUUCGCCUUCGAAUCUGUCAACCCCCUCUGGGGCCGCACGCUGAACCCGCAUAACCCGGCCUUCGGCGCUGGCGGCAGCUCGGGUGGCGAGGCGGCGCUGAUUGGUGGCGGUGGCUCGCCGCUUGGCUUGGGUAGCGAUGUUGGUGGUAGCUUGCGUAUUCCGACUGCGUUUUGUGGGAUCUAUUCCCUGAAGCCUGGCGCGGGGAGGGUAAGCGCUUUUGGGGCGCGAGGCCCAGUGAAGGGCAUGGAGGCCCUUCGUACGACCAUGGGUCCCAUGGCGCGCUCGAUCGAGGACCUGGAGCGUUUCUCCCGCGUCGCUUUCGGCCAGACUGGGCGCUCGGCGGAUGUUGCCCCGCUGCCAUAUCGCGACGUUACGCUGUCCGAGAAGUUGAAGUUUGGCUACUACACGUCGGAUAACAUCAUCAAGGCCUCACCUGCGUGCGCGCGGGCGGUGCUGGAAACCGUCGAGGCGCUGAGGAAGGCGGGCCACGAGUGCGUCGAGGUCGUGCCGUACGACGCCCCGCGCGGCUUCAAGAUCUUCGUCGCCCUCACUUCUGCGGACGGAUACGAGACGCUCACGAGUCAUAUCUCGCCGGACCCCAAGGAGGAUGCGCUGUUCCUUGUGACUUUGGGACCGAAGGCGGGCUCUUUCCUUCGCGCUAUCGCCGGCUGGGUCGUCACCAAUGUGAUCGGUGACGCGUUCUUCGCAAGCCUUCUGAAGCUCUCUCGGGCCAAACCUGUCAAGGAGUUCUGGCAAUUUACGGCGGAGCGGGAUGCCUACGCACACAAUUUCUACGAGCAAGUAUGGGAUGAGUAUCAGCUUGAUGGUAUAAUUGCGCCGGUCUUAGCGACACCGCAGCUUCCACACGGUGGCUGUAAGACGCUAACUCCCAUGGCGUGCGGUACUGCGCUGUACAAUUUGGUAGACAGUCCUGUUGGCAUUCUGCCUGUUGGCCGCGUCGACCCAGAGAAGGAUGCACUGACCGAUGCAUGGCGCUCGGAAGGUGGCCACGGAAGUAAGAUGCUUGAGAGCGAGCUCUACUCGAAGUUCUAUGACCCUGUCGCUAUGCAGGGGAUGCCCAUAGCCGUGCAAGUUGUGGGACGUAGGUGGGAGGAAGAGAAGGUCGUUGAGAUGAUGAAGGUCGUUGAUGGGGCCGUUGGCGCGAAGGGUUUCGGUAUGGAUGCCUGGAAAGCGCUAUAGAUAUCCUCCAUAUUAGCCUCGUCUUCUUGUGCUGCUUCUUGAACCUUCUUUGGAAUGCAUCUGUGAGGCGGAG